UCGUGGCAAUAUAACCACGAGUCGCGCGUCACGCGUGUAUCAACGGCACAAACUACACGACGUGGGUGGGUGUGCAACAAGUGUUUAAUGGAGUGGACGGGGCUUGAGCCGGCUUGAACUUCCGUGGACCGUACCGGCAUCACAACUCGAGUUAGACAGAGCGAAACGGAUCCACUGAAUGCGAUGUGAUUGCUACAAGUAGCUUUGUUUUUUUAUACCCUAAUUUUAAGAGGCUUGCAGAUAAAUAAAUACGUAAAAACAUGGCCUAAUUCUGCAUUCAAUAACCGACCGACGCAAGUUCGUACACUCAGUGUUAUCCGAGGGAUUGCCAUAAACAUUCACUCAGUCGGGAGUCGAGCCCACGACCGCCUGCUUACGUCUCAACACAAGACUUACGAAAACAAAAUCUAGAAUUAUUCUCAAAGAUGUGAAAACAGCCGGCAAGUGUCAUCACUUCAGCUUGAUGCGGCAAGCGUCUUGAAACGUUUGGAGACAUUUUUGACUUCACUAGCUGUUCAUCAAUCAGCGAGUUGACCAGAACUAUGGAUGACGAAAACGAGAUUAAUGAAUGCAUCGCACUGGAAGAGAUUCCUCGCAGUGAUUCGCCGGCAAGUGCGCCCUCACCGUCAGCAGACUGUCCAUCCGCAGUUACGGACGAGGCAGAUCUUGACACUGAUUUACUGACGGGGGAAGUCCCAGACGAGGGAGAGAGCCCAAAUAUCGGACAGGAAAGUCCGAGUAUCAAGCUGCCUCAGGGGCUCGAUUCCAGCGAGGAGGAGGAGGACUCACGGGGCGAGCGCGUCGCGAAGCCCCACGCUAAUCCUCGCAUCAUCGCGGUGAGUCCUCAGCCCGGGGACGCAUCUCCGGAUAUCAAGAGUGACCACGACAGCGGCGUCAAAAUCGACAACGAAGAUGACGAAGACGUCAACAGGACCCCGGAUAAACCAGCCCGGACGCCGUCCCUGGUCUCUUGCGAGGCACAGCCGAGCUCUCGAAGCGCUAGCCCAGCCAGCUCCGACCGCGCCGCGUCCGCUAAGGCACCGCCGAGGAAAGCCGCGUCCCAACCGCCCAGGUUCAAGAACGACGUGGAGCCCAUGGAGUACCAACGGCCGGCGCCGCCGGCCGGGUACAACCGCGCCGUGCAUUCGGUGCAAUGUAAGGCGAUGCUGAUUAUCAUGGCAACGUCUAUUCUGGCUGUCAUUUUGAUUGUUGGUUUCAUCAUCUUGAACAGUGGAAAUGAUGUUCAACCAAAAACGACAACAUCACUUGAAGGUAUUUUCAACAUCACAAACCGGCCGUACUUGGCAACGUACGCCGAUAACAGUUCCAGUGAGUACCGCCGACUCAGUGAGGAAUUCAUCUACACGAUGAACGCAACUGUUCAAAGCAGCGAAGAAUUUUAUAACCUCUACGAGACAACCACAGUGGACGGAAUCCAACGGUACAACGGUUCGAUCUCUGGCUUUUCAAGACCACUGCUUGACUUCACGAUAUACCUCGUGAUCCCAGAAAGUGAUGUGACGACACAACCACCCGAGGUCACGGGGUCAUCCCUGGUAUCCGACCCCACGUCACUAGGGAACCAGCCGACACUGAUUGAUGACAUGAUCGAUUAUCUCUUAAACGUCACAGAGAGUGGCUAUUUUGGGAACUUCACCGGUGAAAUGAAAUUUAAGGGGUUGUGAAACGGACAUCCGGGAUUUUUUUUUUAAUUGGCAUCUCUAGCUCCCAGACCUAUUUUCUUGAAACUCUAUGGUUCUUGAGUCUGGAGAGCUGAAUGGUAACACAAAGGGCGUUUUCCAAACCCCGGCUUCGGCUCCGUCUCUGGCUCCAUUCAUGCAGGUUGGCAAUGGGGCUGGACCCGGAUCUGGAGCCGAAGCUGGGUUUGGAAAACGACGUAAAGCUACCAAUGAAAACUAGUGUACAAAUGAAUAGACGUUUUCAUUGGAUGACCUCAACCCGCCCCCACCUACAAAAUUAAAAAAAUUGUACAUUUGGUGCUCAAACCACAUUGCACAUUGUAAAAAUCAUUUUCACAACAUUUUAAAGGGUUGUUUUGUAAGAUAUUUUAUGGUAAAACCGAGAUUUAGAUUUGUUUAAUAUUUGUAACAUCUCUGGUAUGCAAUUUGCUGAUUCUUUGUGGUAGGAGGUAUACGUUAUGUUUGAAGGGAAAAAUGUGUAAAUAAAAAAAAACAUUCAUUGUCAAUUUUAAGUGCCUUAAUUAACCCUAACCUUCCCAAAUCCUC